UUCGUUGUUAUACUUCGGUUAUCCUGAAUUCAGCAGGUUUUCUGGAUCUUCCGUUGGAUUCAGUGAAGCAUAUUCUUGAACAAGAUCGCCUGAGUGCUGCCGAACCGAAAAUCUAUCGAAGUGUCUGUCGGCAUCCCGUCAACACGAACGAAACUUGCUCUCGUACACGGCUUCCUGGUCCGAGUGGGAGAUCAUAGACGGGAAAAGUUCUCGACUUGACCACUGCAGCCUGGAUGAGCCAGUCGUCUGUCACAGUGCGGAUUGUGGAUUUAUUGACGACAGUGAUCUGAGGGACUGAAAUUUAAAGGUGAAUCAGUGCGCACUUACGGUACUAAAACAUUCUGUAAUGGAACCUCUAUCGUGUGGUACUACUAGAAUUAACAGCUGCGCCAACAUAUUUUCCGAGUGCUAUCCAGAUGAUUCCUGUGUAUUCAAGCAUACUAAUCACCGACGGAAGAGACCGGAUACGCCAAUAGAUCACGAUGUGCAAACAACCUUCAACGAUUUGGAAUUAUGGAUAGUUCAGCAUAACUAUCUGGUGCAAGCUAUCGAACAUUAUCUCAAGGAAGGACCGCUUGCAACAACCAAGCGUUACAUUUAUGAAACAGCUACGCGAUUUAAGAAAUCCAAAGGUCAGCUGAACAACGACAAACUCCAUCUGGGAAAUGAAAUGAUUUACGCGGGAAGGUCACUGGAAAGUUACGACCGCGGUCUCUAUGGAAUGGUCCUGGUAAACGUUGGACUGGGACAGUGGGAUCUUGGUCAUGAGGAAUCAAAAUUUGUUACGUUAGUCGCCAUGAAUUACCUUCUUCCGGUGCGAAAUUUCAUUACCCACACAUUGCGCCCAGCACUGAAGGAACGGCAACUGCUGCAUAAUCGGCGUGCAAAUUUGGACGCCGUACAAAAUGUGGACAGUUCUGCUUCGGACACCGAUAGAGAAGCUUCAACAACGUCGAAAAAACAACAGAGGAGACGAAAUCGCCAGAGAACUGCACGACAGGGAUUCGACGAACAGCUAUCAGAAGCCAAGACUGUGAGUCGGCACAUUCAGGAAGAGAAAAAACGCAUCCUAAUCUCUCUUCUGCGAUUUGUGGAGUGUCAACUACAGUACAUGCAGAAUAACCUUAUUAUUGUCUCGGCACUGCGAAACUCUUUAGCCAGAAGACUGGAACCGGAAUUCUCCACACUAUUAAAAUGGCCGCCCCACGCUUCUCACAUAACCGCAAGUGAGCCCAGCAUCCAUCACACCAGCCCAGAUAUUUCGAGCACCCCCUCCCAAGGAUUUGCCGACAGCAAGAGUACGGAGACUGUAUCAGCGGCUGCAGCAUUCAUACCGCUCACUCAGUCCUUCCCCCAAAAAAUGCGUCCCCAUGAAUUUCACGAACGCGACGGUUUCGAUCGUCUGCUGGACGAAACGCACCGUACCAGCCGCAGUGCGUCCACUCCCUCAUUGGCCCCCAGUACCGACCAAUCAGCUGAGCCGACGUACUGGGACGAUACUGCCACUGAUACUGAGACGUACAACGAAACAACCGAUGAUUCGUUCAGUCAGUCACAAGAGACCAUCGCCUCGCAAUCGUCUUUUCAUGAGGAACGACCGAAAAGAGCGUCGCAGUUCCUGAAGAAAUUUCUACCCUCGACAUGGAUCUCCAGUCCGGCAAUACUGCACAGCGAGCAGGGUGGGAUCUUUCAGCAGGUGAUGAAGCCGGUGAAUGCCGUGCGACGGACAUGGGGCGCAGUGAAGUCGGUGGUUAGUCUGUCGCGACAACACUUGGAACCGGAUGGCACGCAUCCUAAAGGAAGAGGAACGAUCGCCGAAAAUGAGAUGACACUGUUCAGUGUUAUGGAAAGCCUGAGGAAAUCCGGUGCCGCAAUCAAUUAAACAGACAUGACGUCCGUCGCAUAGUUUUACGGGACAGUUGCAAUCGAAUACAAGGAAAUCGAAAAUUUGUUGCACUGGUGUAUUUUUUUCGGUCUCUCGAUGGUUCGGAAACAAGCUUGACUUAUUGUACGAGCUCGUACACCGCAUAAAAUUAUAGUGAAAUACAAAAUUGCUACGAAAACAUUUUUUAAAGCAAAAUUGUACUCAUGGUCAGUUAUGACGUGAAGCUCACAAAGCCGACGAAGCCCACUAGUACAGGAAACAAUUUUACCUGUAUGCUUUAACAGCGGCUACUCUUGGGUUUUUUUGU